AUGAGUGAAGAAAUUGAAAAUUACCAAUUAAUACUAGGCCCCCAAACACGGUUCUCCAACCAUCGUCUACAGACCAAGCCUUUGAAAAGUAAAUAUUCAAAAUGUAGGAAUGGUGAAGUGGUUCGACAAACGUUUGAAGAAAUACGUGUUAAUGGGACAAAUAGAGUUCUUAAUAAACGUUUAGCGGACCCUGUUUUUCACGGACACCCAAAAACCAGAGAAGAAGUAUGGCAUGAAAAUUUUCUGAAUAAAAGUCCAGUCUUCGAUCAAAACCCUUCUCUUAUCAAAUUGAUCCAUAAUGUAACCUUAACAUACCUCAGUGAUUGUACACCGGUAAUACUGUACGAUAGUCAAAUAAAAUCGCACGAAAACCAGUUAUUUCAGGACUUAUUCAAAAGUUUCCCUGUAACUUUCGUACAUGGAUACAUAAACGAGAAAGACAAUUUAGAAGAACCGAGAUUAUUACAAGCAAAACGGCAGUGCCUUCAUUUCAUAUUAUUUCUUACUGAUGUACAGAAAAGCGCCAAGGUUUUGGGUAAACAGUCCAAAAGUAAAGUUAUUGUUGUAGCCAGAUCUUCUCAAUGGGCAGUUCAAGAAUUUCUGUCAGGGUCUAUAUCGAGAUCUUUUGUCAAUCUACUUGUUAUUGGUCAGAGCUUCAAAGAUGACGAGAACUUGGAAGUCCCAUACAUACUGUAUACUCAUAUUUUAUACGUCGAUGGGCUCGGUGCCAGCAAGCCGCAAGUACUGUGUUCCUGGAACAACGGGAAAUAUUCCAGAAAUGUUGAUUUGUUUCCCACCAAAAUGACUAAGGGUUAUGCUGGACAUCGGUUUAUUAUCGCUGCUGCAAACCAGCCACCUUUUAUAUUCAGAAGAAUACAAACUGAUUCGGACGGAGGCAAUCCUCGUGUGGUCUGGGACGGUUCUGAAGUUAGAAUCCUCAAUUUACUAGCCGCGAGAAAUAACUUUUCCAUCGAAAUAGUGGAACCUCGUGAUCUUCAUUUGGGUCCAGGAGACGCCGUUUCAAGAGAAGUAGCUCUUGGUCGAGCGGACAUAGGCGUAGCUGGAUUGUAUGUGACUGACGAAAGGAUUCGCGACAUGGAUAUGAGUUCCUCUCAUUCUCAAGACUGUGCAGUGUUCAUUACGUUGACAUCCACAGCCCUUCCUCGAUAUCGAGCAAUCCUCGGUCCAUUCCAUUGGCACGUUUGGGUCGCUCUGACAUUCACCUACAUGUUCGGCAUCUUCCCUCUGGCCUUCUCUGACAAACAUACCCUACGACACUUGUUACACGAUAAGGGGGAAGUUGAGAACAUGUUCUGGUAUGUCUUCGGAACGUUUACGAAUUGCUUCACGUUCGUCGGCAAGAACUCUUGGAGCAAAACCACCAAGAUCACUACGAGAAUUUUGAUUGGCUGGUAUUGGUUAUUUACGAUUAUAAUAACAAGUUGUUAUACUGGAUCGAUCAUAGCGUUCGUGACUCUACCAAUAUUUCCUGAAACAGUGGAUUCGAUAAAGCAACUUCUCUCAGGUUUCUAUCGCGUGGGAACUUUAGAUCGAGGUGGCUGGGAGCGAUGGUUCUUCAACUCAUCUGAUCCACUAACAAAUAAGCUUCUGAAGAAAAUUGAACUAGUGCCCAAUGUUAGAGCCGGCAUUCGGAACACUACGAAGGCAUUCUUCUGGCCUUACGCUUUCUUGGGGUCUAAAGCCGAGCUUGAAUAUAUCGUGCAAGCUAAUUUUACGAAGGUGGAAUCAAAACGUUCCGUCCUCCACAUAUCCAACGAAUGCUUCGUAUCGUUUGGGGUCAGUAUGGGCUUUCCCAACAACUCACUCUACAGCGCAAAGCUAAGCCGUGACAUAAGGAGGAUGUUGCAAAGUGGAAUCGUUGAUAAGCUGAUAGACGAGGUGCGCUGGGAAAUGCAGAGAUCAAGUUCGGGAAAGUUGCUAUCGGUGGGACGCGAUUCAUCCUCUCAUCUAGGCUCAUUAGAAGAGAGAGGAUUGACUCUAGAAGAUACCCAAGGAAUGUUUCUCUUACUUGGCGCAGGAUUUCUUAUCGCAGCGACAGCCCUUUUGUCUGAAUGGAUGGGAGGAUUUUCAAGGCGUUGUUGCAUGCUACGUAAAAGACUCACAUCCAAUAGGAGUUCCAACCAAUCUUUGAUACACAAUCCUAGAGCGUCUGUCCUAACUAAAAAUGAUAGCAUUGAUAGUAUUUUACAUUUUGGUACAAGAUCUUCAAGUAUUGAAUCUAGAGAGACACUCGACGGACAAAUUAUAGAUGUUCCCCAAGAAAAUAUAACUAUACAUAACGAUGAAGAUGUAAAGACAGAUUCUAGGCGAUCCAGUUCAGUUGAUUUGGACAGACAAGUGCAGGAGAUUUUUGAUAAAGACGAAUACAGAAGACGAAUAGUUUUGGAAGAAAUUGUGUCUAUGGAAGAUAGUAGAGAGAAUACUGCUUCGAGGGGUGUAUUUGGAGAUCGCAUUACUAAAUAGAGAAAUAAUAAGAUAGAUAU